AGAGAGGGUGAGAGCGAGAGCGAGAAAAUGGCGGCUGGAUGCUGCGCUCUAUGAGCCAGUGUUUGGAGCCGGUUUGGGAGCUUUUUCAACGGGAAUAAGCAUGGUGAACACUCGGAAUAGCUCGCGGCCGCGUAGCGGCCCGUUCAUCUCCUCCAGGACUCGCUCGUCGUCGAGGAACGAACGCCACUCUGACGAACACAAGGAGAUGAGCAGUGACGUGAGCACUCCUAGCAGCCCGCGGCUCAGCCCACCGUCCAAGCGGUCCCGCAGGCAGAUGGUGUCGGAGCCCAGCUCCAGCGAUACCUCGCCCUCGCCCCAGACCAAAGGCCAGAGGGUCAGUUGGGGCAUUCCCACCUACCGCACCAGGUUGUCCUCUCGAAUAAUGCAGAACGGACAUGCCCAUAUGGGCCACCGGAAGGAGCAGGGCGACCACUCUCACAUGAACGGCCAUGUGGAGCUGAAGAGGAGCUGCCGAGUGAGGAAGAGCCAAUUUGAACACCUCAACCAGAGCCUGCUGUUUGACCAGCUGGUUAACAGCACUGCUGAGGCUGUCCUCCAGGAAAUGGACAACAUCAGCAGCAUCAGGCAGAACCGAGAGGUGGAGCGUCUUCGCAUGUGGACCAGAGACACGGAGGAGGAAAACAUGGACAUGUACUCUCGUGUGAAGCGAAGGAAGUCCAUGCGCCGGGGUGCUUUCAGUUUGCCCACGCACCACAAAGUCAUGGGCAAAGCGGAAGAGGAGGAGGAGGAGGAGGGGACAGAAGAAUCACACGAGGACGAAGAAGAGGAGGAUGGUGAGGACGACGAUGAUGAUGAUGAUGAUGAUGAAGACGACGACGGGGAUGAAGCGGAGGAAGCCGGGGAGGAAAACGACAGGCCGUACAACCUCAGGCAACGCAAGACGGUGCAGAGAUACGAGGCGCCACCUAUUGAACCGGUGAACAGGAAGCAAAGCAACCCCUCGCUCUUUGACACUCACAGAUCCCCAGCAAGAAGAAGCCAUAUACGAGUGAAGAAACACGCCAUCCACAGCAGCGACACUACCUCGUCUUCUGACGAGGAACGCUUUGAGAGGAGGAAGAGCAAGAGCAUGACUCGGGCGAGGAACAGGUGUUUGCCUAUGAACUUGACUGCAGAGGACCUGGCGAGCGGCGUCCUGCGUGAUCGCACCAAAGUAGGAGCGAGCCUUGCAGAUGUGGACCCCAUGAACCUCGACUGCUCUGUGAAAUUUGACCAUGUGGGCGGCCUGGGCAAUCAUAUCCAGUCACUAAAGGAGAUGGUCGUGUUCCCGCUCCUCUACCCGGAAGUCUUUGAGAGGUUCAAAAUUCAGCCGCCAAGGGGGUGUUUAUUCUACGGCCCUCCAGGGACAGGAAAGACCCUGGUGGCUCGGGCCCUUGCCAACGAGUGUAGCCAGGGAGACCGGAAGGUUUCUUUCUUCAUGAGGAAAGGUGCCGACUGCCUCAGCAAGUGGGUCGGCGAAUCGGAGCGCCAGCUGCGCCUGCUGUUUGACCAGGCCUACCUGAUGAGGCCGUCCAUCAUCUUCUUUGAUGAGAUUGACGGUUUGGCUCCAGUUCGCUCCAGUAGGCAAGAUCAAAUCCACAGUUCCAUCGUGUCCACUCUGCUGGCCUUGAUGGACGGCAUGGACAGCCGCGGAGAGAUAGUGGUCAUUGGUGCUACCAACAGACUUGACUCUAUUGACCCGGCACUACGGCGGCCCGGCCGCUUUGACCGGGAAUUUCUGUUCAACCUGCCCGACAAGACGGCUAGAAAGCACAUCUUGCAGAUCCAUACUCGGGACUGGAAUCCCAAAUUGUCUGAGGAAUUUGUAGAUGAACUUGCAGAAAAAUGUGUCGGCUACUGUGGCGCUGACAUCAAAGCACUUUGCACUGAGGCGGCCCUGGUGGCGCUGCGCCGCCGCUACCCUCAGAUAUAUGGCAGCAGCGUCAAGCUGAAGCUGGACGUUGCCUCCAUCGUGCUGGGCGCGGGCGACUUCGGCAGGGCCAUGAGGGCCAUCAUACCAGCCUCCCAGAGAGCACUGGCUCCCCCCGGCCGAGCCCUGUCGCCCAUCCUGAGGCCCCUGCUGGCCAGCUCUUUCUCCUUCGUGCUGAAAGCUCUUGUCCGAGUCUUCCCCCACGCUCAGUGCAACGACUGGGAUACACACGGCGGUGACAAUCAACUGCAUGAAGAGGACGUGUACAGCGAUGACAAUGAAGACUCUUCCAUCUACGAAGCCCAGUCUGCUGUGCCCCCGAUGAGCACGGCGUCCUCCAAAUCUGCAAUGCACAAACCCUUCAUUCAUUGCGCCUUCUCCGCCCUCCAGCAGCCCACAGCAUACCGGCCCCGUCUGCUCCUGGCCGGGCCCCCGGGCUCGGGACAGAGCUCCCACCUUGCCCCUGCCUUGCUGCACCACCUGGACAAGCUGCCGGUGCACCACCUGGACUUGCCCACUCUCUACUCCGUCAGCGCCAAGACACCAGAGGAGUCCUGUGCUCAGGUUUUCCGCGAGGCCUGCCGUAGCGUUCCCAGCGUGGUGUUUGUGCCGCACAUCUCCGACUGGUGGGAGACGGUGAGCGACACAAUUAAAAGCACCUUCCUCACCCUGCUGCAGGACGUACCCUCCUUCUGCCCUGUCCUCAUCCUCGCCACCGCCGAGACCUCCUACUCGCGGAUGUCCGACGAGGUGAGGAGUAUGUUCCAUAAGGCCUACGGCGAGGUGGUUACGCUGCACCCUCCAGGGGAAGAAGCAAGGAGGAUCUUUUUCUCAGACCUGCUGCUGGUCCAAGCAUCCAGAGCCCCACCACGCCCCAAGAAUACUGAGAGGUGCGAGGAGGUGCUGCCAGUGGCCGAGGCCCCGGGCCCCAGAGUCCUGUCCGCAGAGGAGCAGCGACGUCUGGUCGAGCAGGAGGAGAACACGCUUCGGGAGCUGCGGCUCUUUCUCAGGGACGUGACCAAGCGCCUGGCCACAGACAAACGCUUCAACAUCUUCAGCAAGCCUGUCGACAUCGAGGAGGUGUCAGACUACCUGGAGGUUAUCCGACAACCGAUGGACCUGUCGACCGUCAUGACCAAGAUUGACAAGCACCAUUACCUGACGGCCAAAGACUUCCUGGUGGACAUCGACCUCAUCUGCAGCAACGCGCUAGAGUAUAACCCCGACAAAGACCCAGGAGACAAGGUGAUCAGGCACCGAGCGUGUAGCUUGAAGGACACGGCACACGCCAUCUUCGCCUCGGAGCUAGACCCCGAGUUUGACCGCAUGUGUGAGGAUAUCCAGGAGACGCGCAGGAAAAGAGACCAGCAGACACCAAUGCAGCCAGCAGCAUCAGCGCCAAGCACUCCGGUUACCAGAAAGAACCACACUGCUCCUGCUGCUCCUGCUGCUCCUGCUACUCCUGCUACUCCUGCUGCUCCUGCUUCUGUGGAAGAGCAGACCAGGAGCAGCACUCAGGGCGAAGCUACAGAGAAACUCUGCACUCCCACCUCUCAUCCACACGGGAACGCCGUUCUGGGUGACCUGAAACGACAUUUUGUGAAAACUGCUUCUUGGAAUGGGCAUGUAUACAGGCAAUACGGGAAUGUUGAUGUCACUGACCCACCACCGCCUCUUCACCGUCACGUGACCAGAAGUGAGCGUAGACGACAAGCCAACAUAAUAUGAUUAUUUGGACGGACAUGACUAGCCGCAGUCGGCAUUCUCCUGAUAUUUUGUUGCCGUCAUGACUCCCAGAAGUAAUGCCACUUCUUGUAAGCGGAAGACGACCGACUUAUGGGCAUCCGUUCUUUUUGCUUCUGUGGUUUGGAGUGUCACGUGGUUCCGUCUGCAUGCCUGUUCACAGCACCACACGGCGCUUAUAAAGACAACUGAGAAAGACAGAACAAGGCAAAUGCCCCCAAAAAGAAAAUCAUAUUGUGCAGAUUACACGCUGCAAGUAGUGAAGUAUGCAGCCCAAAACGGUAAUCGAGAAACACUUGUGAGUGACUGGUUAAAAGCGAAGGCUACUCUAACUGCAAUGAAGAGGAAAAAAAAAAGCUAAUUGCGGACUAAAAGCUAGAUGGCCACAGCUACAGGAACACGUUGAUAAAUGGGUGCUUGAAGAACGUGCUGCUGGGAGAGGCUUGUCAACAGUGCAGGUACGUCUCCACACCCACGCCCAGGUAGGUGCCAAGGCAUGCGGGUUGUUCAGGCUGUUGUUAUCUGAAGAACUGUUAACAUACCACCUAUUCACAUUACAUUAACAGAUGCCCUUUUAGCCUGUUGUUCUCCCUUUUUUUGGUAUUACUAUAACUUGCCUUUCAACAUGAAAUGGCUGUUCUUGGUCUCUGAUUUUAUAAAGUAAAAUUCCCUCUAAAAUGCGAGUUAUAUGUUUUUUUUCUUCUUCAUUGUGCAUUUUUACUGGUACGACUUAUACUCCGGAGUGACUUAUAGUCCUGAAAAUAUGGUACUCUUAUAUUGUAAUGAUUGUCAAUCACAGGUAAAUGACUUUGAUUGUUUUUUUUUAUGUCGUAAACAAGACGGAGCCACCUGUGAGUGGUUUGAGAUGGGGAGGGCCUGCUCCUUGAGAAGAGUGAUACAUGCUUUCAUGUCAGUCUCUUUGUUAAAGACCACUUGGUCCUUGACCACACCACAGUUAUGACCCAUGUAAAACCUUCUCCAACACGGGACGCUAGCUCAGACAUUUGAACAUUUGUCAUACAACAGUCAUACAAGUGUACAAAAAGCUCACAACUGUUUAUAUUAACACGUUUAUUGGCAAAGGCGAGAUGUGAAGGUAAGUCCUGCCACAGCACCCCACCCCUUUUUUUUACACUUUUAAAAAUAUGGGACAAAUAUUUAUCUAACAUAGGAAAACAACCCCCACUACAACCCAAUUUGCAACACUUCAAAAUACGCAACUUUACACGAAACAAUUGAGACAUACAUUAUAAUACAAACAGAAUUAUAUCAGCAACAGUAAUAACAAUAAAUGUUUUAAAAGCAUUAAACUAACAAUAGAACCAAAACAACACAAAAAGUACACAAAAUAAAUUCCAAUGACAAUGUUUAUCGUUAUUAAUAGCACUUGUUAGCAUUAAUAGUAAUAAUAACAAAGAGUCACUUACGUUGCAUUACACUUGGAUUGCAUCUCACAAGCUUGACAAGCCCGCAAGAGCGCCAAAUUGUAGCUCUUAUUCAUUCAUUCUAUGCUUUGAAAUCAUACACUUCUAUUCACGCAAGGAAGGAAAAAAUCCUUGUGACACAGGUGUAAAAAGAAGUUAAUCACUGGAAAGCAUUAAAACAACAACAUACUCUAACAAUAAAAACAUCUGGUGACACUGGUAGUCUUAGAAUGUGCUGACUUCAUGUUAAUGCUAAAAUAGUCUUAACUGUUUUGAAUUGGCACACAAGUGCAAAAACAAGCAACCAACAACCAACGUAAAGCACAAAAACAUGAGCAGGGUGGGGGUGUGGGGCUUACAAAUGAGGAUGUCAGCUCAACUGCUCGUAUGUAAAAAAUGUUUGAUGGCCUCUAGCCUCCACCAGGACAUAGCGGUACAUCAUCAAUCAUUUCCGCAGUAGCAUACUCAAUGGUACAUAUGUAGAUACGCUCUGUAUGAAGUUCAUCUAUCUGACACAGAUAGAUGCCUGUCUCCAAAUGGGCUGCUAUGAGGGUCCUAUUUUGGCCCCCACGCUGGAAGAGUCCUAAAGUCUCUGCAGCACUUUAAUAUGGAAGGCAAGUCAGGCCCAGCCUGUAAAGUAUUCAUAAUGGGAUCAGAAUACGAAUAAUAUGCUAAUCUUGUCAAAUGCCGUGCAUUUAGUUAGCCACUUACAAGACCCAAUUAAACAUAGAAGUUAAUGAUAUGGAAGAAUCUUACCUGAUCAGGUCCAUUCAGUAACGAAUGAUCAGGCUGAUCUUGUUAACCAAGGACUUGGUCGAAAGGACAAGUUUUGUUUAUUGGUUAAUCUUGGUCAAACACCAACUGCUUCUGCUGUUUAGUUUGCCUACAACUGUCACAUUUGUCGGACAAACGCUUCCACGUAAGCUCAUGGCGUAGAGUCAUUUGAAUUGCGCUCCAUCGGAAGCCCAAUUAAUUAGGCUAAGUGGGAUGAUUUAAUUUUUGACAUCGGCAUCCUGUUCUCACCUGGAGCUCCUCCGUGGGACAGCCAUCACCCUAAUUGAUCACUGAUUCAGCCGAAUGACAUGACUGGAACCCGCAGGCUGUAGGCGCCACAAGGUACAUGAUCGCAGAGUUGCACCUGACGCCAUCAGGCCAUUUCCAAGCGAUCCACAAAUGAAAUGUAAGUGUGUAUACAUUUUGGCAAGGGUCCUAGUUGGCUCGUAUGUACACGAACAGACUAAUUACAUGCUUUCUCACGGUAGGCCGCCGAAAAACCUUCCCAGGAGAAUAGGGAGACGAGAAAAAUAAAAUCCUCCCAAAUGGCAGCAGCUACUCCAAAUAUAUACUGCUGAGCAAAAAGUUAAGAGCAGUUGAAAAAUGACAAGAAUGAACAUUUUGCACUUUUGGGUUCUAAGUAGAAUUUCAAAAUGCAAAAGAAGUGGGAGUAAGACAAAGCAUGCUGAUCAGGAGCGUAUACGCCAAAUCCCUUGUGUGUUGCGUGUGGUGACAAGCUCCUUGUUCUGUCAUUUUGGAUUAAAGUUAAAAGGAACUGCCCAGAACUUUCCACAAUGGCACUGAAGAUGUUCGUGCUGGCGCUGACCACGACCUAAACAAGUCCAGACAGUAAAAACAUGCUGUGCUUGUCACUCACUCCCUAUCAUCAAACCACACUAUUACUAUCACCAUCUCGUUGGAAAACGAGCGGCGGCCUGGCACUGAGCCUGGCACAGCAUUUAUUUUGUAGAUUACUGUGACAUCUGAAGUGCACGUAUGUGACAGAAACAUCCUGGGGCCUCACCUAUAAAGCUCGCAUACGCACAGAAUGGGGCCGAAAAGUCGCAGACGCCAUUUUCCAUGCAAUGUAAGCCAGUAAGGAUUUAUCCAUCAUUGCAUGAAAACAUCACGCCGUUAUUGACUUGAAACAUUUGUAGAAAGUGUUAUUUUGCAUGACACUGGAUAUCACUUGUCAUCAUAAACACCAUUACACAUGACGAAUGUAUAGUAUCCCCACUAAUAGAUACAUGAAAACACAACUCCUUUUAUUUUAUAACCUUGGUAAUAUUAUGUGUGUCAUUCAUCGUACAGACAAUGGAAAAGCACUGCUCGCAGGACAUUGAGCUGCUGAUGGUGAAAUGCAGACCUUUUUAUUUGCCUCUUGAGUUUAGCGCUGUGUAUUUAACUGCUGUUUACAUCCCACCACGAGCUAACACCGCUAACGCACUAGGCCUCCUGCAUGACAUCAUUGAUAAACACGAGACCAAACACCCAGACGCUGUAUUCAUUAUAUCUGGCGAUUUCAACCACUGUAACCUCAGGACUGUUCUCCCCAAAUAUUACCAGCAUGUAAGCUUUCCCACAAGGGAAAAUAACAUCCUGGACCAAGUCUACAGCAGCAUGAAAGGUGCUUUGGAGGCUGUUCCAAGACCCCACUUUGGAAAGGCCGACCACAUCUCCAUAUUCCUUUAUCCAACGUACAGACAACUUCUCAAACAAGCUCCCCCUGUAAGUACAGCAGUUAAAGUGUGGAAUGAAGAAACUGAUCAAGUACUUCAGGACUGCUUUGGCUGCACAAACUGGGAUGUGUUUAAAACUGCAGCGGGGAGGGAAGAUUGUACUGUUGAUUUGGAUGAAUACGCGUCUGCUGUUACUGGCUACAUUAGCACAUGCAUAGAGACUGUCACCACCACCAAGUAUUACAGAAAAUACUCUAACCAAAAACAGUUGAUGAACUGUGAUGUAAGGGCUAAGCUACGUGCUCGUUCGACUGCAUUUGUCAUGGGCACCGCUGAGGACUACAAAAAGGCCAGAUAUGACCUGAGGAGGUCCAUACGAGAGGCCAAAAGACAGUACAGACAGAAGCUGGAGGGCUACUAUUCCACCUCAGACCCUCGGCGCAUGUGGGCGGGGCUCCAGCACAUCACAGACUAUUGACAGCGGAGUAGCGUAGCCACGUCCAGCCAAACCACACUUCCAGAUGAGCUGAAUGAGUUCUAUGCCCGCUUUGACACCCAAACUCCUGAUGAGCAGAGAGGGUGGCUGAACUUGGGGAGCACACAGGACUCACCUCUCAUGGUGACAUCAGCUGAUGUGCGCAGGGUUCUGAACAAAACAAACCCACGAAAAGCAGCAGGCCCGGACAACAUCUCAGGACGUGCACUUCGGGUUUGCUCAUCAGAGCUAGCUGAUGUGCUUGCUGACAUAUUUAACCUGUCGCUUGCACAAGCAUCUGUACGGACCUGCUUUAAGUCCACCACCAUAGUGCCCGUACCCAAGAAGAGCAACAUGACCUGCUUGAAUGACUAUCGCCCUAUAGCACUCACUCCUAUUGUCAUGAAGUGCUUUGAAAGAAUAGUCAUGACCCACAUCAAAAAGAGCAUCCCGGCGGCAACUGUGGACCCUCUACAGUUUGCAUAUUGCCAGAAUCGGUCCACGGAUGAUGCAGUCAACACGGCCAUCCACACAGCCCUUUCUCACCUACAGGGCCAGGACACUUUUGUCAGAAUGCUAUUUAUAGACUAUAGCUCUGCUUUUAAUACAGUCAGCCCCCACAAACUCACAGAUAAGCUCCACACACUUGGCCUGUCUCCCUCCCUUUGUAACUGGGUGUUUAACUUUCUCACAGGCAGGCCCCAGUCAGUCAGAGUCCACAAUCGCACAUCCAGCUCAAGAAUUGUGAGCACUGGGACCCCACAGGGGUGUGUGCUGAGUCCGCUCCUCUACACGCUCUUCACCUACGAUUGCGUGGCCUCCCAGAACAACACCAGCAUCAUUAAAUUUUAAUUUAAUUUAAUUUAAUACCAAUCUCCAAAUGGAGCUCAGAUUUAUCUACAAGCUGUGACCCUGAAUUCUGGAAGCAAAUAUGUCUCAAUGCUUCCCGGUUAAUCAGUAAUCCCAACCUACAUCUUAUUCAGUUUAAAAUCCUUCAUAGAGUACACUACACAGGACAUAGAAUGUUUAGAAUGGGCUUAACUGACUCUAACAUCUGUACACACUGCUCAGACCAUAGAAUAGAUGACUACUUACACUCCAUGUGGACCUGUGCUCCCAUUAAAAAUUUUUGGCACGGAGUGUGUGAGGACCUAUCUUUGGCACUUGGGUUCUCCAUUCCGAACCUCCCCUUUACUAUGCCUGCUGGGCGAUCUCUCCACAAUUGAUGUAGAAACAAACCAAACACAGCUUCUCAUCACCGCAUUAAGCAUCGCCAAGAAAACCAUUCUUAUCAAUUGGAAAUCAAGGAAGAAACUGAAUAUAGCUCUUUACAAAAAUCUUUUGUUAGAUCAUAUAGCUAUGGAGAGAAUGUCUGCUGAAUCUAAGGAACAAAUGUCUGAAUUUCAGUCUAUAUGGGCACCAAUAAUUAAUUCCCUGACCUGACUCUCAGGGCGUCUGUCUCUGCCCCUGAGGGUCUCGUUCAUCUGGCAUGGGGUGUGGUCCUGGUCGCUGGG